AUGGUCCUAUACAAACGGAAACCACUGGUAUUACCUCCUCCUGGGCCUUUGCCUGCCAAUAUCAAUGUGAAAGUAUGGCACAUUAACGAGACGGGAGAAUGGUUUUUACGAUACACGGAGUAUUUGCAACGUAUGGACUUCUACAUGAGACGUCAGUUUACAUGUGAGAUCACCGGGUCUUCGUUUCUGACGUUUUUCGAGGCCCUUAACAGCGAGGAAGCUGAGUUCCGGCUUGUAGAGGAAAAAUUUCCACUCAAGUUGCGGGAACCAGUUGCAAAAUUCAUGCAUUUCAACGAAAUUGGGCGUGUGGACUUACUUGUGGAGCGCACGCACUCACGAUUUAGAAGUGAUUUUUAUCCAGGCGAAAGAGUAUUUUUAAGACGCAAGAAUGACAGAGCAGCGGACGAACCGGCCACUCACGGCCACAAGCCGUAUAUCAUCAAGGAAAAAGCUAGCUUCAAUGCGGUUCUCGACGUCACGGGCUCGAAGAUCGUCAAGCCGGCGUUUUCCAAGUAUAUGAUAACAGAGGAAUUUGGUAUCAACUCGCUCAUGGUGGACCAAAACGACAUUUACAGAGACCGGACAACUUUCACAAAACAUUUGAUCAAAUGCUUCUGCAAAAUCACCCUGAGAAGGGUCUCGACCAAAAGUGGUGCGCCAUUGUGUGUCAAGGAUGAGUACCUCGCUAUGUAUGGCUUGACAAUGGACUGGCCUGCGUCGAUGCUGAAGUUCAAAGAAGACAUUCCAGAGCCCCGCUCUUCGCGGCCCAGCAGCCAGCGUACUCAGAAUGGUACCAAAACAUCAAAACAUCCACAGCACCCUUCAGACACCAAAAGAAACAUUGACGACACAACUAACGGACACGACAAUAAAAAACAAAAGACAGGACUAGAAAAAGAGCCGAGCCCUUUGCCAGCACUCUCCGAACCGGAAGAAACACCCAAACUUUAUAGCGGACCCAAUCCAGCUAUCGGUAAUGCAUAUUUCUACAACGACAGCUUGGAUUAUAUCCCCGUCAGGCAUCCAGGAAAACAGUUUGCACACAUGUACAAACUAUUGGAAGUCUUCCAAUUUUGUCAAACCUUUAGCAAAGUUUUGCUCCUGUCACCUUUCAGCUUAGACAACUUUAUCAAAAGCUUACAGGCCACAGACAUUAAGACCGCAGGCACUUUAGUCGUAAAGAGCCGGAUCAACUCACCGCUUUUCGAUGAGAGCUGCAAGCAGCAUACACCGAACAAAGACGGCAAGACCGUCUCGGAUUCCGUUGUUGCGAACGCAGAAAAAAGAAAACCUGGAAUUUGCCGCUUUAUCGAAAACCGCGGGACAUCAUUUGUAACUUUCGAGCCUUCUGAAGCAGACAAUCAGGUCAGCAUCGCAACCGACGAUGUGGACUCCUGUGGUGCAUCUUUGAUAUUGGAGUGCUUUGUUGCACUUGAGCGUCUCUUUAUCAGCGAAAAUGGCGACUGGAAGUGCAUGGUCAUGGACAAAUGGUAUGAUGAAGAUGAACUUGUUGAAAAGCCGAUCAAAGAGGAUGAAGGCAAGUCUGAUUCCCAAGAUGACGCAGAGAAUACGAAGGCCCCCAUCAAAAACGAAGAUGAUGUUUUAAAUGACCCGGAGAUCGACGAUCUUUUAGAACGAUGUCUGAACUUCCGCAAAGUUUCUUGGACGGAACGUUUAUCUAAGAGGCAGUUCAAAAAUGGUUAUUGGAUCAUUAUUCUACUUGGUAUCUUUCAGGAUUGCAUGCAUAUACCAAUGUACACAGCAUUUGCGCAAAAAUUUAUCAGAGCCAUUGUACCACCUGAAGGAUCCGCCACACACCUGAACAAAAUUCUGUGGGAGAACUUUUGCAAGAAUUUAAGUUUGGAAGAUAAGGUUUUUGCCCUUUGGAUUUUGGUGGAUAUAGCAUCAAACUUCUCGCAAGAAAUUAGAACCUACGUCGAAGACACACUGGAUGUCUGCACUCAAAUUCGCAGCGAAAAGUUGAAGUUAUCCAGGCGACUGAAGUCUGAAAUGCAGCAUGUUUCGCAAUUGUCGGCACCUACCAAUGAUUCCGUUGAACCGCAGGAAGAAAUCAACCAGCACCAAGCGACAAUUGACAAAAUCAACCAAGAUAGGAGCUAUUUGACCCAAAAGCUGAUCGAAAAUGACGUCCGAAGAUUGAGGGCUUUGGGGUCGGACAGAAAUGGUAAUAAAUAUUACUGGCAAGAGUUAAGUGGUGUUCAGAGGCUUCCCGCAGAUGACCUUCACGAAAUCGGGUCUGGCAGGUUAUGGAUACGGGGCAUCAGUGUUAGAGACUCAGAAAGAAUUCUCAGCGUUUCUCAAGAACAGCUGAUUGCCUGGAAGAAGUUGGCAAAGGAAAAAUCAGUUUCUGAGGCGAACGCCGAAAUUUUCAAGAUUAGAAGAACAGAUGAAGGUUCCAUUAUUGACGAAAGUGCGGGUGAAAGUUCAACUAUAGUAUUUGCCGACGGGAAGGUGAAUGUCCCAGCCAUUGAAUCAUCUGCACUAUACAGAAAAAUGGUUGAUGAGACACCGGAGCAGGCGCUGUUGAGCGAAUCUCAAUGGAUCGCCAUUGAGCUGCCUGGUGAUGUCGAUGAGCUGAUCCUAUGGUCUGCAGAAUAUGGUAAUAGCGACCAAGCACUUUCCAAACAGCUGAGAGCCAUUAAGGAACCUUUGUUUGAAGGUCAAAGACGGCGAGAGGGGCGGCUUUUCACUGCAGUGGAGAGCACAGAGAUCGCGCGUUUAGAAGAGGCCUUGGACGAAAAUUUCAUCAGCGAUAACGAAAUUGAGCAAUGCCAGGUGAGCGAGCAAGAGAAGCAAUCUGUUGAUGACGAUAACGCGCUCGAAAAGAUUGCUACUGAGAUCAUGAUGCUUGACGACGGGUCUCAAACUGAAAGCUCACUCAAGAAAAUCAAAGAACUCGAGGAACGUCGCGAUCACAUCCUCAAUACUCGCACAUAUAAAGAUCACUCCGACAGACAGCAAUCAAAAGCGGUUCGUCAAGCAACAGUCAAAGCCGUACAGGAAAAAGUUGGUUACCAGGCAGCUGCUCUGACUUCCUACUUGAAUGCUGUGAUUCAAAAUGCUAAACCUGCAGAGAAGCUGUGGACCAACGAGCUCGCUAGAAGUCUAUGGAAUACAUCGCUGUAUCUUGGGGCUAGCGGGAAGCCCAUCGCCCGCAAUAAACUCUCUGUGAAAGAAAGGAUGACGGAGAUAUUCGAUGGAAUGACGAGCUCACAUCAAAAAAAAUCUUGA